AUGGGACCUAAAUCAGACGCGAGCCUUCAACCGGGCUCCCCAUUAGCUCCAGUACGAUGGCCUCAAGGAAAUGUAGGCAGUAUGUCGUUUGUAAUCGGCGCGAGAAGAGGCUUAAAGAAAGAACGUUCCUUAUCUGUUCUUUUGUCAGCUACCUGUCUUCUUCAGAGCCGUUCCUAUCGAUCCCAUGAUAAACGAAUCUGCUAUUACCCCAAGGGGGAGGGGAGGGAAUAA